UUCAACACAAAUUGAACGUAUAAGUGCUCACAUGAAAUGUGAUAUAGCAAUGGGCUCAAUAUUGCGAUAUAUUUAGAGGCGAAAAUAGAUACUAACGUAAUAGGUUACAGUGAGAAAGUGAAUCGCAUAUGUCAAUAAUAUCACGAUAAGAAUAGGCCUUUGAAAAACUCCUCUCAUUCUCGUGCAAUUAUGUUUUUUGAGGCAGAAACCUGUUUCUACAUAACAGGGCAUCAUCGCGGUUACAAGAAAAGCAUUAAUGUUGUUCGCCAUAAAAGCCGGCUGUCGUUACAAGCAGUGUGCGAAAAAUUAGUCAAAAAAGUCAGUCGACAGUAGGUAGAUGUGUGUUGUUUUUCAACGUUUCGAGAUUUUUCAUCGUCCACGUUCGUCAGUCGGGUUCGUGACGCGCAACAGUGAACAUGUUGUUCCGCAGUAUACUUCAUUUGAGCAGGUUUCCCCGGAGGACGGUUGUCAAACGAGUAGAACUCAAGCAACAGCUUCGAUGGUUGAAAACUAUUAGCACCAGUGCUAACAAUAAUGAACAUGAUCCGAACUCACAUGAGGGAUCAGACGAUACGAACCCACUGUUAGCAACAGCCACGUUAGUCGGGGGCUCCCUGCUAACCUAUUGGAUUGUAAGAAAACUUAAGAAUGCCUCUACGGAAGUGUACGCCAAAGCGGCCGGAUCCGAACAGCAAGAUAUUAGAAAAGCCCACACUGAGAUACGCAAAGACUUGCCGGUGUACUCGAUGGACGAGGUGGGUCAGCACGAUUCUCCAGUGAAAGGCAUCUGGGUGACCUACGGUAUCGGGGUGUAUGACAUUACUUCGUUCGUUCCGAAGCACCCGGGUAGCGAUAAAAUCAUGCUCGGUGCAGGCAGCGCCAUUGACCCUUUUUGGCACAUCUUCCAACAGCACAACACCACGGAAGUUCUCACCCUGUUGGAGACGUUCCGAAUCGGCAAUCUCAGAGAGGACGAUGUGGUAUCUACCAAGGAUCAGCACAAUCCUUGGGUAGCCGAGCCCAAACGGCAUCCCAUCCUGAAAGCAACGGCCCAAAAGCCCUUCAACGCCGAACCGCCGGCCUCGAUACUCGUGGACGCAUUUCUUACCCCGACUCAGUUCUUCUACGUUCGGAACCACCUUCCCGUGCCGGAGGUGGACAUCCAAGAGUACGAGCUGGAAAUCGACAUCGAGCUCACCGACAACACCAAGAGCAAACGGCUUAAAUACGAUGAUUUGCGAAAGCUUCCGCAACACUCAGUCGUCGCCACGAUCAUGUGCGGCGGCAACCGCCGAGGAGAAAUGAUGCAAGUCAAACCCAUUAAAGGACUAUCCUGGGGAAGUUCGGCUGUGGGAAACGCCAGGUGGACCGGUGCCAGGUUGUCCGAUGUCCUCGUGGCGAUGGGAGUCACGUCGGACGAAACCAGUCACGUACACUUUGAGGGUUUGGACGUGGACCCUACGUCCACACCGUACGCGGCUUCAAUUCCGCUGUCGAAAGCCAUGGAUCCACGGGGCGAUGUAAUUCUGGCGUACGAAAUGAACGGUGAAACGCUGAGCCGCGAUCACGGCUAUCCAAUACGGGUGAUUGUUCCCGGUGUGGUCGGAUCACGGAAUGUGAAAUGGCUGGGGCGUAUUGUUGUAUCCGAAGAGGAAUCCGGAUCGCACUGGCAGCAGAAAGAUUACAAAUCGUUCAGUCCCAAUACUGACUGGGAUACGGUCGAUUUCAGCACUGCCCCGGCGAUUCAGUAUAUGCCGGUUACGUCGGCCAUCUGCAGUCCGGCAAGUGGAGAUCAACUGAAGGCGGAGGAUGGGUUCAUCACCGUGAAAGGAUAUGCUUGGUCUGGAGGUGGCCAGGAAAUUAUCCGGGUGGAUGUGACAGCUGACGGUGGAGAGACAUGGAUAGUGGCUGAUUUGGAUCAAGUGGAGAAAGACACCGGAAGGGGUCGCCACUGGUCAUGGUCUCUGUGGACGGCGAAAGUUCCAGUGAAGUCAGGAGAUAAGCUGGAGAUAUGCUCCAGGGCGGUGGAUGAUAACUACAAUUCCCAACCGGAGACGUUCAAAAAUAUAUGGAAUUUAAGAGGGGUGGUUGGUAAUGCUUACAGUCGCAUUAAAGUUGAAAUUAAAUAAAGCUAUUUUUUGUUAUUAUUUACUUAUUAACCUGUUUCGGUCCGACUUUAAAAUCAAAA